AUGGCUAGCGAAGAAUUGCCAGAGGAUUAUGAUUCACUGUUAAAAAAGAACAAGUUGCUGCUGAACCAGAUCAGUUUUUUGAACGAUGAACUAUGCAAAGCAAAGAAGGAUUUGGAGAACGAAAAGCAAAAGCACGAAGAAGAUAUCGAGACAUCAAAGUCAGAUCUGAAGCACAUGAUCGAGGAGACCGUCGAGCUAAAAAAGCAGCUGCAGACGGCGAAGGAUGACUUGGAUGAUGUGGAGAAUCAAUUCAUCAAUAUGGUGGGAAAUAAGUCGUUGAGGAACGAAAACCUCACCCUUCGAAAGGAUUUGCGUGCUUUGAAGCAGAAGUGUGAUGAGUUGGCUACACAAUACGAAAUGGUUCGGGAUGAGUACAAUAGCGCGAUAUUUGAGUCGAACGAUCUUCGCCAAAAGGUAGCAACCCAACAAACGGAGCUUUUGUUGAAAACGAGCGAGUUAAAGAAGGCUUGGAGGGAAUUGGAGAAGAACCGAGAAGAUAUGGCUCUGAUGAUGCGCGAGUUUGCAGAGUUUAAGCAGCACGACGAUGAGCCAACAAACUGGAAGAAGAUGGAGGAAGAAAAUCACGAACUGAAGAACGAGAUUGAGAAGGUGAAGCGCCAAAACGACACGUUGAGUGUGCUGCUUAACGAGUUUCGGAUGGAGAUCGCGCGCAUCAACGAGCAGUCAUCGACAUUACCUUCUCUCAGUGAUGACGCUCCCGUUGAAGCAGACGGCGAAACAUUGGAAAGCAAAGGAAUCCAGUCUUCCCUUUUUUCUCCGGAAGAUGUGAAUUCCGCAUUGACUUUGUGCAUCAACUCUCUCACCGUCCUUACCAAAGACUUUAACGAAUCGGAGUCUCAAGACCUGAUUCGUCGCAUUUCCUCCUUGAUGCUCGUUAAGAAGCAAUUGAUUGUAGUGAACGACAAUACCAGCCUACUGAUCCAUCGUGAUGAUCAGCAUCGCAAGGCCUUGGUGGAGAAAGAGGCGAAGAUUGACGAAUUGGAGGGGGUGAUUCAGACGCUCAAGGCGAAUAUGGACACGGCGAACACUCAGAUUUCGUCUCAGAGCCGUGAGCUGAGCGAGAUGAAGCAGAGAUUGGAAGGACGGAAUCGUGAGAUUGAGAUGGUAAAGGAGGAGCAGGCAUUGGCGUGGAAGCAGACGUCGGCUUCGGGAGACAGCCAGAUUGCCCAGUUGCAGCAACGCGUGCAGGAAGCAUCCGAGCUUCGCUCUGGACUGAUGCGAGAGAGAGACGAUCUUGCUGCUCAGCUGGCGCAGGAGAAGCUGGACAAUGAGGAUCUGAAGAGAGAAGUCGCCAAGUUGAAGAAGGAGAAUGAGGAGACGGAAGCCCGUUUGAUGGAGGUGACGACGAUUCAGCUCGAACUAGCGGCGCAGCAGGACAGUCACGCGGAUCAGGAACAGACAAUUACGGACUUACGGUCCAAGCUGGAGGAGAUUUCAGCGGCGAAUGCGAAGCUGAUGGACGAGAAGAUGCGUCUGCUCUCCGAUUUCACAGUGCAGAUUACCGACUUGAAGCGGAAAUUAACGGAUCGAGAAGACGAGAUUGACGACCUUGAGGAUUCUCUGGAUAACGAGAAGGACGCGACUGAAAAGCUCCGAAAGGAAAACAAGGAGCUCGUGGAGGUGCGAGACCAUUUGCGAUCGGAUGUGAAGGAGUUGGAGGCCGACAAUGACGAUCUCCGCGAGCAGUUGGAGCGAUUCAACGAGCGGAGCAAGCAGAACCAGGACACGGAGCAGCGCUAUCAGCGCGUGUUGAACGAGAACACGAAGCUCAAAGCCCAGUUGGAUGCCACGCAGCAGCAACUGGAGUCGCUGCAGCGCCAGGUGGAAUCUCUGCCGCUAAUGAAGGAGAUUCCUCAAUGCGAAGAUGUCCAGGGCGAAGUGAAGAUUUUCGAAUCACGCGAUGAUUUCGUGGAGUAUAUCCAGGAAGUGGCCGUCUCUCCCGAGUACAGCAACGACGUGGUGGAGCUUCGGAUGUCGAACUGCGAAUUGGAAGGCGAGGAGAUCUCGCUUCUCUCCACUUGCUUCGAAAUGGGCGGGUUUGAGAAUCUGCGUCGUCUCGAUCUUUCUCAUAACAAUAUCACGCUGCGAGCGUGCACGGUUCUCUUCCAAGCGAUUGCAGAACGCGGCGGCGAGUUGCAGUCGUUCCAGACCUGGAAGAGCGGCCGCAUCGAAGCCAGCAAAAGCAAAAACAUGCUGCAGAAGCUUUAUAUCGGAAGCAAUCGAAUCAAGGCGAAGGGCUAUAUGUUCUUGCUGGGACUCAUCAAGGACGGACGCUAUCCGCAGCUCUGGGAGCUUGAUGUAUCGAAUAACGAACUGGACGAAAAAUGCGUCACCAGCACAACAGAGUGGCUUAAAACGUCCCCGCAAGUGUCGUCGCUGCAUCAAGUCUCGUUCAGUGGAAACAAUGUGAGUGAGUCUGCGUUGAAGGAAUUUAACCGUGUGCUCGCAAUCUCGUAUAGGUCAUAA